UCAGUUCUGUUUAUAACGUUGCAAAGAGCACAUUACAGAACUACGAACGCUUAGUUUUACAAGUUUACUGAUGUCUCACAUUCGAUGUAUGUGGUUGUUUCUGGGCCUUUCAAUGGCGUUUCUUUACUUCGUUCGAGCCCAUGGUCCAAAUGUUUGUAGUCAAAUGCAGUUUGUUACGUACACCCGGAGGGUCUACAAGAGCAAAUUGGUACCUUAUGAACACUAUUCUUUUUGGGCCGGAUAUCAGACGAAGUACCGCUCUGAAUACUCCGAUGAAGAUGAGGUUGCCUACAGAUAUGAGCCCAAAUACAGCUGCUGUGCAGGGUACGAGGGAUCAAUCUACGACUGCAAGCCCGUCUGCAAGAACAAAUGUCCAACAAACGGAUUCUGCGCGUCUCCCGAUCAUUGUAUAUGCAAACUGGGAUACGCUGGACCCGCUUGCGAGCCCGUUUGCACAUCGGGUUGCGGAAAGAACGAGAUUUGCGAGCGGCCUGCGGUGUGCAGCUGCCAAAGUGGCUACCAUAGGGACUCAACCUUGGGUCACUGCCUUCCCAUUUGCCCUGGUGGAUGUGGAGAUCACAGCUUCUGCUCGGAGCCCGCUAAGUGCGAGUGCGAGCCUCUUUAUAAAACAAUGGGAAACGCCACGGACUGUCGGCCAGUUUGCUCGCCGGAAUGUGGUCAGAACUCCUUCUGCCAGGAGCCGAACUUGUGCACCUGCCUAGAAGGAUACAAGGCCGAUGAGCGGGGCAUUUGCUCCCCAAUUUGCCAGGAGGAAUGCGGCCCCAACAGCCGCUGCUUGAAGCCGGGGGUCUGCGAGUGUGAGGACGGCCAUGUUGGAGACGAAAGGGGAGCCAAUUGUCAGCCCGAGUGCUCCAGUUGUCCGGAGAAUGGAAGCUGCCUGAGCCCCAAUGUCUGCACCUGCAAUCCGGGCUACGUGAUGAAGGACAAUCGCUGCGAACCGCAUUGCGAGGAAGAUUGCUCCGAUUACGGACACUGCGUGGCGCCCAACAAGUGCGAAUGCUACCCGGGCCACGAGAAGAGCACGGUAGACAUGAAAUGCGCUCCCAAGUGCACCAAUGGAUGUCCAAACGGCUUUUGUUUUUCCCCGGAAAAGUGUGUUUGUAACAAUGGCUACCUGAUGGGCCCAAAUAACACCUGUGAACCACAGUGCAGCCUUAACUGUGUCCACGGUCAAUGCACUCAUCCGGAAGCUUGUACCUGUGACACGGGAUACAGAUUCAAGGAGAAUUCCGCACAUGUUUGCGAGGCGAUCUGCGAAAGCGGCUGCAAGAACGGUGAUUGCAUGGCUCCGAAUAUAUGCAUAUGCCACGAGGGAUACGAACCAUCCGACAUCAAUCCUUCCACUUCCGUUUGCAAGCCUCAGUGUGCCGAGGGCUGUGAGUUUGGCGAGUGCGUAGCGCCACACGAGUGUAAGUGCUGGCCGGGCUACGAGAAGGUCAAUGGGGUCUGUAGACCACAAGAAACGACUUCCCUACCUACCGACACAACUGCGACGGACGGCUCUACCCCGGUCGAUCUCACAACGACUACAGAAACGGAUCUCAGAGCACCCACCAAGGUCUUGCAAGUGCAUUACUCAAAUUGCACUGGCGGCUGCAUGUGCUGGAUUGAGUAUGACGAGGAGGGGGCUCUUAAUACGGCCAAGUGCGCCAAGAUCUGCGUGGAUCCUGAAGACGAGCCGUGCCUUAACCUGGAUAACUGCCACUGCGCCUUACCCACUGGCCAGCUAGUCUGCAAAGAGGGCGGUAGUGAGGAUAGCAGCUUGGAGGAAACACAUUACCUCUGCAAAAUGCAGCAGUUGAAGAAGGCAAGACCGGAGGCCGAGGUCAGGGUUCGGGAGAGCACUGGGUCUGUUACCAAACUAAUGGUCAUCCUGGGCUCUUGUGCUGGAAUUAUUCUUGGUGCGGCCAUUGCAGUUAUGGCCACUAAGUACUACAUCCGUUCCACCUCCAGAAGAAUCUAUGUAGCCGACGAAGCCAUCUGUGAAAAUGACUUUGAAUAGGUUCAUCUAUAUGGCUGGUGCAGGCCUGCUUAAUUAUAUAAUCGAACUCACUUACAUUAACAAAUAAUUAUAAGAAAUGUACUAACAAAUUGUAAUACUCAACUGUUUAGCAACUGUAUAUUUGAUCUAAAUAAAACGUAUAUAUCCGUAA